UUUUUUUUUUUUUUUUUUUUUUACAUAGAAUUGAUUGAAAGAGCAAGACAGCAAGAAAAAUGAGUUCAUUGGGAGACCUUCUUGUGAUUUUUUCAACCUUUCUAGUUCUGUUUCUUGUGUUAGCUCUUAUCAAGAUAUUUCAUAAACUAUGGUGGAUUCCUUCUCGCAUACAGUAUUUGAUGGUUUCACAAGGAAUCAAAGGCCCUUCAUACCGAUUCAUGUAUGGAAGCACAAAAGAAAUAUUAAGCAUGAAAAAGGAAGCCAUGGCCAAACCUAUGGGUUUGUCGCAUGCCAUAUCCUCUACAUGUCAGCCUCAUAUCGAUUCCUGGCUCAAAACAUAUGGAAAGAAUUAUCUUCAAUGGUAUGGAGUUAAAGCUCAACUGAUUGUAACAGAACAGGAAUUGAUCAAAGAACUACUUAAUAACAAAGAUGGAUCAGUUUCAAAAAUUGACAAUGAAGGCUUUGUCAAGAAGCUAUUAGGAGAUGGCCUUGUAGCCACAAAAGGUGAGAAAUGGAUGAAAUUGCGAAAACUGGCCAAUUAUGCCUUUCACGGAGAGAGUUUGAAAGGUAUGGUACCUGCAAUGAUCUCUAGUGCUGAGAUGAUGCUGCAAAGGUGGAAAUCAUAUGAAGGUAAAGAAGUGGAGGUAUAUGAAGAAUUCAGAUUGUUGACUUCAGAAGUAAUUUCUAGAACAGCAUUUGGAAGCAAUUAUAUGAGAGGGAAGGAUAUUUUUGAGAUGCUUAUGAGAUUGGCCUGGUUGACAAGCAAAAAUAUGUACAAACUUAGGCUUCCUGGCAUCAGCAAGUUUUUUAAAAACAGAGAAGAGACUGAAUCGGACAUGCUUGAGAAAAAAAUACACAACUGCAUUUUAGAAAUAAUCAAGGAAAGAGAGAAGAAAGUAAGAAGUGGUGAAGAGGACAACUUUGGCAAUGAUUUUCUUGGAUUACUUUUAAAGGCUCACCAUGAUAACAGCGACAGUCAGACGAUUUCAGUGGACGAUUUGAUUGAUGAGUGUAAAACAUUUUAUUUUGCUGGACAAGAAACUUCUAACACUUUACUUGGAUGGACUGUCUUUCUUCUAGCAAUCCACACAGAUUGGCAAGAAGAAGUUAGAAAGGAGGUGCUCAAUUUAUUUGGCCAUGAAAAUCCAAAUCCAGAUAGCAUAGCAAAACUGAAAACGAUGGGAAUGGUCUUCAAUGAAUCUCUGAGAUUAUAUCCUCCUGUUAUUGGCUUUGAAAGAAAAGUUGAAAGAGAAGUUAGAGUGGGAAGGCUGAUUCUUCCUGCUAAUCUGAACUUGAUCUUCCCAACUUUAGCAGUCCAUCAUGAUCCACAUAUAUGGGGAGAAGAUGUGAAUGAGUUCAAACCAGAAAGAUUCUCAGAAGGGGUUACUGAAGCUACUAAAAAUAACCCAGCUGCAUUUUUUCCAUUUGGAAUGGGGCUUAGAAAUUGUGUAGGGAGCAACUUCGCUAUCACAGAAGCAAAGAUAGCUCUUUCUAUGAUUCUUCAACGCUACAGCUUCACCCUUUCUCCAGCCUAUGUCCACUUGCCAUUUCAGUUUAUUACUCUGCAUCCACAACAUGGAAUACAGGUUAUAUUACAGCCACUCUAAAGACUAGUGAAAUUGCCAUAGAACUUGCAUUUGGUGCACCAGAGAAGAAAACAUAGUGAUUUGAUUUGAGCUUCAUGAGUCCUGAUCAUAUGGGAGUUUAUAAAUGCAUAAAUAAACAUGUAUGACAAUUUUUUGUACACAUAAUGUUUUGAUUUCUGUUAGAGAGACUUACAGAAUACUACUGCCAGCUCAACCAACUCUCACCUGUAGUUAUGACAGGUGUUAGAGACACUUCCACUUCCAGAAUACUACUGCCAGCUCAACCAACUCUCACAUGUAGCUUUGACAGCUCAUCAAUCCAUGUGAUACGGAUAUUAACCAAUCAUAUUGUGUAAAAGCUGUUAAUGUUAGACAAGUGUAUAAAUGCAAGUUUGUUACUGUAUUUUCAUUAACUUUUACGUAAAUAACAGAAAUGCAAAAGUUCUUCUC